UUCUCUCCCAUUUCUUCUCCGAAAUUUAAUAUAAACUCUACGUUUGUUCGCUCCGUUCAGAUCUGCGACCAACUCGUCGCAUUAGUUUUGGAUCCAAAUCCUUGCUUAUUCUUAUUCUUCUUCUUCUUCUUUUUCUUCUUCAGUGAUUUGGGAUUUGAGAUUGGCUGAAGACGAUGUUGACGAAGUUCGAGACGAAGAGUAAUAGGGUAAAGGGCUUGAGCUUCCACAGUAAGAGGCCAUGGAUCUUGGUCAGCCUCCAUGGCGGAGUGAUCCAGCUCUGGGAUUACAGAAUGGGAACUCUCAUUGAUCGAUUCGAUGAGCACGAUGGUCCAGUUCGUGGUGUUCAUUUCCAUCACACUCAGCCGCUCUUCGUGUCUGGGGGAGAUGAUUACACAAUUAAGGUCUGGAAUUAUAAGACGCGUCGCUGUUUAUUUACCCUUUUUGGACACCUUGAUUACAUCCGUACUGUUCAAUUCCACAAUGAGUACCCCUGGAUUGUUAGUGCCAGCGAUGAUCAAACAGUUAGAAUAUGGAAUUGGCAAUCGCGCACUUGUGUUUCAGUUUUAACUGGACAUAAUCAUUAUGUUAUGUGCGCCUCUUUCCAUCCAAAAGAGGAUUUGGUUGUAUCAGCAUCCUUGGAUCAAACAAUUCGUGUUUGGGAUAUAGGGGGCCUGAGAAAGAAGACUGUGUCUCCAACAGAUGACAUUCUUCGUCUUAGUGAAAUGAACACAGAUUUAUUUGGGGGAGUAGAUGCUGUUGUUAAAUAUGUCUUAGAAGGUCAUGAUCGUGGAGUUAACUGGGCUUCGUUCCACCCGAGUCUGCCACUGAUCGUAUCUGGAGGAGACGAUCGUCAAAUAAAAUUGUGGCGAAUGAAUGAUACCAAGGCUUGGGAAGUGGACACAUUGCGAGGGCAUACAAACAAUGUGUCCAGUGUAAUGUUCCUUGCAAAGCAGGACAUUAUUGUCUCAAACUCUGAGGAUAAAAGUAUUCGUGUCUGGGACGUUACUAAACGAACUGGUAUCCAGACAUUCCGCCGAGAACAUGAUCGGUUUUGGGUUCUUGCUUCUCAUCCCGAAAUGAACCUUUUAGCAGCUGGUCAUGAUAGUGGUAUGAUUGUCUUUAAGUUGGAGAGAGAACGACCUGCUUUUUCCAUAAGUGGUGAUACAUUAUACUAUGUCAAAGAUCGUUUCUUGCGUCUAUACGAGUACUCAAGUCAAAAGGAUGUCCAAGUAAUUCCCAUACGGCGACCUGGUUCAAUCAGCUUGAAUCAGGUUCCAAGAACACUCUCUCAUAGCCCUACGGAAAAUGCUGUUUUGAUCUGUUCAGAUGUGGAUGGUGGAUCUUAUGAACUUUAUAUCAUACCAAAGGACGGCAUUGGUAGAAUUGAUCCUGUACAAGACUCAAUGAGAGGCAUUGGAACUUCAGCUGUAUUUGUGGCUCGUAAUCGGUUUGCAGUGCUUGACAAGAGUAACAAUCAGGCAUUAAUCAAGAACCUGAAAAAUGAAAUUGUGAAGAAGAGCAGCCUUCCUGUUGUUGCUGAUUCAAUUUUUUAUGCUGGGACAGGCAAUCUACUAUGCCGGGCUGAAGAUAGGGUGGCCAUCUUUGAUCUUCAGCAGAGAAUUGUGAUUGGAGAACUUCAUACCCCCUUUAUUAGAUAUAUUGCUUGGUCAAAUGACAUGGAGUCUGUUGCUUUGCUCAGCAAACAUGCUAUAGUAAUUGCUACCAAGAAGCUCAUGCAUCAAUGUACUGUUCAUGAGACAAUCCGCAUAAAGAGUGGUGCCUGGGAUGAUAAUGGUGUUUUCAUAUAUACAACCUUGAACCACAUGAAAUAUUGCCUUCCCAAUGGAGACGGUGGAAUUAUCAAAACCCUUGAUGUUCCUUUAUACAUCACAAAGGUUUCUCAGAACAUUGUUUAUUGUCUGGACAGGGAUGGAAAGAACCGUUCCCUAGCUAUUGAUGCAACUGAGUAUGUUUUCAAACUUGCACUCAUAAAGAAACGGUUCGAUCAUGUUAUGAGUAUGAUCAGGAGUUCAAAGCUCUGUGGACAAGCCAUGGUUGCUUAUCUGCAACAAAAGGGGUUCCCAGGAGUCGCCCUUCAUUUAGUCAAAGAUGAAAGAACUCGAUUUAACUUAGCACUAGAAAGUGGUAACAUUCAAAUAGCCGUUGCAUCAGCAAAAGAGAUAGAUGAGAAAGAGCACUGGUAUAGGUUAGGUGUGGAAGCCCUCCGACAAGGUAAUGCCAGCAUUGUGGAAUAUGCAUACCAAAGGACAAAGAAUUUUGAGAGGCUGUCCUUUCUAUAUCUUGUGACUGGGAAUCUGGACAAGUUGUCCAAAAUGCUGAGAAUAGCUGAGAUGAAGAAUGAUGUAAUGGGGCAGUUUCACAAUGCCUUGUAUUUGGGUGAUAUUCGUGAACGUGUAAAAAUUCUAGAGAAUGCUGGACACUUACCUCUUGCAUAUGUCACAGCUAAAGUUCAUGGGCUCAAGGAAGUUGCUGAUAGGCUCGCUAGUGAGCUGGGUGAUACUAAUCCAUCUGUGCCUGAUGGAAAAGUGCCUUCUCUUCUGAUUCCUCCAACACCUGUUUUAUGUGGUGGAGAUUGGCCGCUUUUGAGGGUCAUGAAAGGCAUGUUUGAUGGUGAGCUGGAUAAUAUGGGCGUUGCAGCACAAGAGGAAGAGGAUGAGGCUGUCGAUGCUGAUUGGGUUGAGGACCUGGACAUUGAUGUGGAUGGCAUGCUGAAUGGCGAUGUUGGGGUUGUAAUUGACAAUGAUGAAGUCAAUGAAGGGAAUGAUGAGGAGGGAGGAUGGGAUCUCGAGGACCUAGAUCUACCUACUGAAGUUGGUUCACCAAGCACAGCCAUUAGUGGGCGGGCAACAGCAUUUAUAGGCCCAACACCAGGCACACCUGUUUCCGAAAUCUGGAUUCAAAGAUCUUCUCUAGCUGGUGAGCAUGCAGCAGCGGGUAAUUUUGACACUGCAAUGCGCCUACUGAACAGACAACUGGGCUUGAAGAACUUUGCUCCCAUGAAACCAAUGUUUAUUGAUUUAUACAUGGGCAGUCAUUCAUAUAUACAAGGACUAGAUUCUGUUCCAGAGAUUACCAGGGCAAUUGAGAGGGGAUGGAGUGAAUCUGUGAGCCCCAACGUGAGGUACCCACCAGCCCUUGUGUUUGGGCUUUCUCAGUUGGAUGAUAAACUUAGAACAGCUUAUAAGGCCACCACAGAAGGUAAGUUUGUUGAGGCUUUACGACUUUUCCUUAACAUCUUGCACACAAUUCCUCUAAUUGUGGUUGAAUCAAGGAAAGAAGUUGAUGAAGUUAAGGGGUUGAUUCAUAUAGCAAAAGAAUAUGUCCUGGGCUUGAAGAUGGAAAUCAAAAGAAAGGAAAAUACAGAUGAUGUGGUACGUCAGCAGGAAUUGGCAGCCUACUUUACUCACUGCAAUCUUCAGACAAUCCAUUUGAGGCUUGCUCUAAAUAGUGCUAUGGGUAUUUGCUACAAGGGUAAGAACUUUAUUACAGCAGGCAAUUUUGCAAGGCGGUAUUUAGAAACUAACCCUUCAAAUGAAAAUCUUGCGAGGAAGGCCAGACAAGUUCUACAGGCCUGUGACAGAAAUAUGAAAGAUGCAAAUGAUUUGAACUACGACUUCAGGAAUCCUUUUGUGGUUUGCGGGGCAACAUUCAUUCCAAUAUAUCGUGGACAGAAAUAUGUAUUUUGUCCAUAUUGUGGUUCACAUUUUGUACCUACACUUGAGGGGCAGCUCUGCACUGUUUGUGACCUUUCUAUAGUUGGGUCAGAUGCAUCUGGUCUGCUUUGUUCCCCUUCCCAGGUUAGAUGAUUCAAAGGAUUCCUUGAUUUGCCGCAUAGAUUUAAAGGAACAGGUGGGAAGUCACAAUGCUAAUUUACCAGUACUGGCAUUUGAUUUAAGCCAAAUCAGCAAACGUAAAUAUUUUCAAUUUUUUUCCCUUGAAAAUGAUCUGAGAGCUUGUGCUGUUGUUUAAUUCCCCUUUUUUCGGAGGGUGGCUGUUAGUAAUAGUCAUUAUAUUUGUCUCUUUCAACUACUUAGGAAAUUUUCCCUUUUCAGUUUA